AUGCCGAGCCCAGCUAAAAAGCGGAAGCUGAAUGAGAACGCAAGAAGCUCCCAGCCUCGGGGCCUUGAAUAUUUCUUCUCAAAGCAGAAGCAAAAUGGCGGGUCAAGCGGCUCAGUGACACCACAGGUGGUCGAAGAUGGCGAUGUCACGGCCACUACGUCACAAGGAUCCACUCUAAUCUCAGAUGAAGAGUUCGCCAGGAAGCUUCAGGCUCAGUGGGAUGAAGAGGAUCAGCGACAGCAGCAGCAGCAGCAGCAGCAAGUUCUACCUGUCUUGUCGAUUGCAUCCCUGGAAGAUGGAGAGCUAGGAGAGCUAGGAGAACCGGUGAAACCGCCAAAUAUGGACUCUUCUGUUAAGUCCAGCCAUUUUGCACCACUGAAGGAUAAUGGCAAUGCAACAACAGUUACACAGCUGCCGAAGAACGGCACGCUCUCUCUGCAAUCUGUGAGCACGGUCGAGGACGAGAUGACAGCCAGCCUUCCCCUCGACCAAAGUCCGCUGGUAUUUGAGCCGGCAAAAUACACAGCAAAGCUGCAACAGAGUUGGGCAGCUGAGGGUGGUGGCGCACCAUAUGCCCUGCUGACGCGAUGUUUCGUGCUGGUCAGUGGAACGCAGAGCCGGAUCAAGAUUGUGGAUACACUGGUCAACUGCCUGCGGCUGCUGAUUGAGGGAGACCCGGGGAGCCUUUUGCCAGCUGUGUGGUUAGCCACCAAUUCGAUCAGCCCCCCGUAUGUGUCUCGAGAGCUGGGGCUGGGCGGGUCGGCAAUCUCCAAAGCGCUCAAACAGGUCUGUGGCCUGGACGGACGUAGCCUAAGGACCCUGUUUCACAAGCACGGCGAUCCUGGUGAUGUGGCAUACGAGGCCAAAAAGAAGCAGGCGUUUACAUUACGGCGGCCUCGGCCGUUGACGAUCCAGGGCGUGUACCAGGCGCUCUGCAAAGUGACCGACAGCCAAGGCCCGGGCAGCGUGGAGGCGAAACAACGGAUCGUCGACCGACUGUUGCAGGAUGCACGGGGUGGUGACGAGAGCCGCUUCAUUGUGCGGACUCUGUGCCAGCAUUUGCGCAUCGGAGCGGUCAAGACAACGAUGCUGAUUGCGCUGUCGCGAGCCUUUCUGCUGUCACGGCCACCCGGAGCGGAGUUUUCGACACGCAGUGUUGCAGAAUUGACAAGGCUGAAAAAGGAGGAGCUGGCUGAAGUGCACGGACGGUCAGAGGAGAUCGUAAAGGCGUGCUUUGCGCGACGGCCGAAUUACGACGACCUGGUGGAGGCGAUGUUGGAGAUGGGGAUAUCAGAGGCACUGUUGCAGCGUUGUGGAUUGGAGCUGCACGUGCCGCUUCGGCCGAUGUUGGGAGCGAUCACGCGGCACCUGGGCGAGAUGCUGGCUCGACUGCAGGGGCGACCAUUUGCGUGCGAGUUCAAGUACGACGGACAGCGGGCACAGGUGCACUGCGACACGGCUGGACGAGUGUCGAUCUUUUCACGACACCUGGAGCGGAUGACGGACAAGUAUCCGGAUCUGGUUUCGCUGGUGCCGCAGAUCCGUGGCGCAGGCGUCGGCAGCUUCAUCCUGGAGGGAGAGGUGGUGGCAGUGGACCGACAGACAGGAGCGCUGCGCAGCUUCCAGACGCUGGCAAAUAGGGCGCGCAAAGACGUGGCUGUCGGCAGCAUCACGGUGGAUGUGUGUCUGUUUGCGUUUGACCUGAUGCUGCUCAACGGACAGCCGCUGCUAGAUCGGCCCUUCCGUGAGCGGCGCGAGCUGCUGCGCUCGCUCUUUGUUGAGAUGCCACACCACUUCCGCUGCGUCGAGAGCAUGGAUGCGACCUCGGAGGACGGCGAUGCGAUCUCGGCCUUUUUCAAGCGUGCCACCGAUAUCAAGUGUGAGGGCAUUAUGGUCAAGAUUCUGGACAACCUACCGGCCAGCGAGGGGAGUGCAGAAGUUGCCAGAGUAGUGGUUCCAGUUGUUGCAAAAGCCAAAAAGAAAAAGGGUAAAGGAAUUGUCAGGAAAACCAACGGAGCUGACGCGAACGACGACGAGACCGAUGUGGAGACAAAGACGGGUGGCAGACGCAAGGCACUGCUGGCAACGUACGAGCCGGACCGGCGACUGGACUCCUGGCUGAAGGUGAAGAAGGACUACGGGUCGACACACGAGACGCUGGACCUGAUUCCGGUGGCAGCGUGGCACGGAAUGGGACGCAAGGCCAAGUGGUGGUCACCCAUUCUGAUGGCGGUGCGCAAUGAGGAAACGGGGUCACUAGAGGCAGUGACGAAGUGUAUGUCUGGCUUUACGGACGCGUUCUACAAAGCGAACCGGGCUUUCUACAGCGUGGAAGAAGCAGACGAGAGCGACAGCGACAGCGACGACAAUGACGACGAGGAAGAUGGGAAUGGUGAGAAGGCCGAGAAGAAGGCCAAAAGCAACACGCGCACACAGAAGCCGAGCUUUGUAGACUACAGCGGUCCAGCACCGGAUAUCUGGUUCGAGCCGCAGGAGGUAUGGGAGAUGGCAUUUGCAGACAUCACGCUCAGCCCAACAUACACGGCGGCAAUUGGGCUGGUCAGCGACGAGCGAGGGCUCAGCCUUCGGUUCCCGCGGUUCCUGCGACAACGUGACGACAAGGGCAUCGACGAGGCGAGCACGAGCGAUUUUCUGGCGACGCUGUACCGGAAACAGGAGAAGCCAAGCGAGGAGGAUCCGAAAGAGGAAGAGGACUGA